AUGGGGCCAUAUCUAAGCUAACCAAAAAAAGAUAAAACAACAACAACAGGAUAAGGAAAGUCUGUUAUAUUUGCUGCCUCAGAAAUGCAAGGCUGGAGGAACACUAUGGAGGAUGCUCAUAUUCAUAAACCUGAUGUUAUACAAGAUGUCUCUAUUUUUGGUGUGUUUGAUGGCCAUGGAGGUAGAGAAGUUGCCUAAUUUGUGGAAAAGCACUUCAUUGAUGAAUUACUUAAAAAUAAAAAUUUUAAGGAACAAAAAUUUGAAGAGGCUCUCAAAGAAACCUUUUUAAAGAUGGACGAAUUGUUAGUAACUCCAGAAGGAUAGAAAGAAUUAAAUUAAUACAAAGCAACUGAUACCGAUGAAUCCUAUGCUGGAUGCACAGCCAAUGUAGCCUUGAUUUAUAAGAAUACUCUGUAUGUUGCCAAUGCUGGUGAUUCAAGAACAGUUUUAUGCAGAAAUAAUGCUAAUUAUGACAUGAGUGUUGAUCAUAAACCAGAUAAUCCUGAAGAGAAAUCCAGAAUUGAGAGAGCAGGUGGUUUCGUUAGUGAUGGUCGUGUUAAUGGUAACCUCAAUUUAUCAAGAGCCUUGGGUGAUUUAGAAUAUAAACGUGAUAGCAAGUUAAGAGUUAAUGAAUAAUUGAUUAUUGCUAUUCCAGACGUCAAGAAAGUCGAAUUAGGACCAUAAGACAAAUUUCUUUUAUUGGGUUGCGAUGGUGUCUUCGAAACUUUGAAUCAUAUGGAUUUAUUAAAAUAAGUCAAUUCCACUUUGGGUUAAGCUUAAGUUACUGAAGAAUUAUUGAGAAAGGCUGCUGAAGAUUUGUUAGAUUAAUUAUUAGCCCCAGAUACAAGUUAAGGAACAGGUUGUGACAAUAUGACUACCAUCCUAGUCUAUUUGAAAAAAUGAAAUAAAUUAUAAAUGCAAAGUUUAUUUAGUAUUAUCCGAUAUUGUUAAUU